ACUGGUCAGACCGACGUCAUAUCUACCACUGGACAGACUGACAUCAUAUCCAUCACUCGACAGACUGACGUCACGUCAGUCUGUCUUGUGAUGAAUAUGGCGUCGGUCUGUCUACGUCAUAUCCAUCACUAUCGCUUUGGGCGGGACUACGCAAGCGCGCGUCCGUGGUCCUCCUGGUGCGCGCGCACGCCUCUCCACUCGGCUCCAUCCAGACCCUGACACGCGCCGCCUCGGAGGAGCUGACGGUGUUUCUUGGACCCCGGUUAACGGAGUCUCCGGUGUAAGAAUGGCGGGACGCAGAGCCCGGAGCGGGAAGGCGGAGGUGCAGUAAAGAUGGCGGAGGUGAUGGAGCGGGAGUGCAGCGCGCUGGGAGGACUCUUCCACGCGCUCAUCAGCGACAUGAAGGGCAGUUCUCCGGUCUGGGAGGACUUCAUCAGCAAGGCAGGAAAACUACAGUCACAGCUCAGGACGACGGUUGUCACGGUAGCAGCCUUCCUGGACGCCUUCCAGAAAGUAGCGGACCUAGCAACCAACAGCAGGGGGGGCACCAGGGAGAUUGGUGGAGCUCUGACCAGGAUGUGUCUGAGGCAGCGCAGCAUCGAGACCAAACUACGACACUUCUCCAUGGUGUUCCUGGACUGCCUGAUCCUCCCUCUGCAGGACCAGAUGGAGGACUGGAAGAGGAACACACACACACUGGAUAAAGACCACGCUAAAGAGUAUAAGAAGGUCCGCCAGGAGAUCAAGAAGAGGUCCUCAGACACGGCGCGCCUGCAGAAGAAAGCCAAGAAAGCCGAUAUGUUUGGCCGCGGGGACCUGCAGCCCCAGCUGGACAGCGCCCUGCAGGACGUGAGCCAGAAGUACUUCCUGCUGGAGGAGACGGAGCGGCAGGCUCUACGGCGCGCCCUGGUGGAGGAGAGGAGUCGCUUCUGCAGCUUCGCCAGCAUGCUGCGGCCCGUGGUGGAGGAGGAGAUGUUGAUACUGGGGGAGAUGGGGAGCCUGCGGUCCAUUAAUGAUGACAUCAGAACCCUGACCAUGGACCCCCACAAGCUGCCCCCCUCCAGCGAGCAGGUGAUAGUUGACCUGAAGGGGUCAGAGGUCACCUGGUCGUACAAGACUCCUCCCUCAUCGCCAAGCAACAGCCUAUCCAGGAAGUCCAGCAUGUGCAGUAGUCUGAGCAGUGAUUCCCGCUCCAGUGGGUCUCACUCUCACUCUCCUUCGACUCACUUCCGGUUCCGUGGCUCCUCCUCCUCCUCCUCCUCCUCCGUCCUGCCCCCCCCCGCCCGCCUCUCCUCCGUCUCCUCCCACGACUCCGGAUUCAUCUCCCAUGAUGCAUCUUACCAGUCCACCAGCUCAUCGCCAAUGCCCCCAGACGGGUCCCAGGACUGGUGCAGACCGGGUCCCUACGAGCUACGCAGGAGCAAGACUACCGAUCCCAGCAGCCACCUGGCCUGUGAUGUCACCAACCCGGGGGAGGAGCCAGCGAGGGCCAGGGUUGGAGGCUCCGCGUCACGCUCCAAGGAGGAGCGGGAGGUGCACGAGGAGCUGAGCAGGGCCCUGGCCAGGGGCCUCCGGCUGGACCUCGGAGGGGGGUCGCUGCAGGGCUCCAGCGGCUACAGCAGCCAGACCCCCACCCCCGCGCAGACCCCCACCCCCGCGCAGACCCCCAGCCGCGCAGACCACCCGCUGCUGGCCCCCGGCUCAGACUGGGACUACUUCGCCAUGGCAACGGACCAGGAGGCGGACCCGGAGCGCUCCUCCCGGUUCCAUCCCAAACGCCCCGCCCCCAGCAGUAGCUCCGCCCCCCUGGGCGUGGCCACCAUCCGCCGGGCCCCCUCCUCCAAACCCAGCCUCCGGAGGCCCCCGGGGGCCCCGGGCCCCGUCAGACCCCCCAUGAUCCCCGUCAAGACCCCCACCGUGCCCGACCGGCCCUUCCCCCCCCCCACCGGACCCCCCACGCCCCGCGUCCCCCCCGCCCCCGCCGGGCCCCCCGCCCCCCCCUGCCCCCUCCCCGGGCCCGGUGCCGACCCCCCGCGCCCCCCCCCCCAGCAGCAGGGGGCCCCCGUCCCCCGGGGCCCCGAGAGGAGGCCCCUCCCCGGGCUGCUGGAGGAGGCAGAGCAGGGGGAGGGGGUGCUGGCCUCUAUCAGGAGGGGGGUCCCGCUGAGGGGGGGGGACACCGACGACCGCUCGGCCCCCCGGACCCACUGACCCCCCCCCCCCCCCACA